AUGUUCUGCAUGACAAUUCCCAUUCGAGGUUUCCUGACACGGGGAAUACUUCUGUCGAAAGUUGUUUAUUCAAUUACUUUUGAGGAGCGAACAGAGCAUACCUGCCUGCAGGAACCCGAUGAGACCCCACCAGAUUGUGAACGUGAAGCUGAACGCAGAAAGCUUUCUCGGCAGAAAAAGUUCCAAAUUGGAAAAUCAAUUAAGCCAGCUCGAAUUCUGUCUAAAUACGACGAGCUUUUGAUCGAUUUGAAGGAAGCGAGGGGAUUAACGUGGAAACAAAUCGCCGAGUAUUUCCCAGAAAGAUCGAAAGGCUCUUUACAGGUGCGAUAUUGUACACGGCUGAAGGGGGGGGCAUGUUGGAAGUCCUGA